GAGAAUUCUCUCAAACUGAAGUCAUUGCGGCAACGCUAAACCACUACGGUUUUCGUCGCAGUAUUUUGACUAGCGCUCGACGUGUUUAAAUAACCAAGAAGGGCCGAAAGGUGUUUUAUAUUAUGAGGGCCCUUUGCAGUUUGGGCUUGUGCCUGGCUGUUUUAAUUCUCGGUGUUGCCGCGGAGGAUCGAGAAAGGCGUGAUGGGUACUCGGUCCACGAGAAGCCCCCAGAGCUUGUUGUCAACGCUGAUACCGACGGAGUAAAGGUACAAGCUAAACCUUCCAAACUUCAAGUUAUUGCUUAUCCACAUUUACAAGGCUUUCACCCUUAUGAGCACACGGCAGUGUUGGGCCCUCAUAGCCCUCCGCUGAACAUUGGACCUAACGCACCCCCGGUCCAUAUUGGACCUCACGUACCAGCCGUACAUCUCAGCCCACGGGUACCAAGUCUUCAUUUUGGUACCAACGCACCCCUGCUUCACGUCAGGCCCCAUGUGCCCUUCGUUCAUAUGACCCCGCCUCUGCACGCUGUUCAUGCAUUGACUGGCCCCCCGGUGCAUGUAAUGUCGCCAUCUACCGUCUACCACCAACCGCCUAUUGUUUUCCACCAGCCACACUUCGCUCACCCCGGUUAUGGCUAUGGAGGGUACUACGGUAAACGGUCUUUUAUCCCGGAAGACAACGGACGAUACAGAAGGGAUUCUCCAGUCAGAGAGAAGCGCCAGUGGUACGGAUGGCACCCAUUCCCACACACCGUUAACGUUGGACCUCACACGCCUCCUAUUCACGUAGGCCCUCAUUACCCUCCUGUUCAUAUUGGUCCACAUGUUCCCGCAGUACACAUUGGCCCCCAUGUCCCGGUGAUUAACGUUCCCUCUCACGUGCCCGCGAUACAUGUACGACCACACGUUCCUGCAGUGCACCUCGGCCCUCCAAUCCCGAUCGUCAACGCGGGUAAUCAUUUCCCGGCCGUCCACGUGACGUCCCCACCCACCAUCUACCACAGGCCGCCAAUCGUUAUUCACCAGCCUCAUAUCGUUCAUCCAUAUGGAUCAUGGAAGAGGGCGAUGAUCCCCCACGAGGACGAAGAGGAAGAGGAGGACGCUGAGGACCACGAGGAGAACAACGAGAAUGAGGACACGCCCAGUGAUGAACAGGAAAAGGCCGAGGAGAUCCAAGAGGACGAGCCAGAAGACAAACCCACCCAGAGGAAGAUCACUCUCAGGUCUGUCAUUGAAGGAAAGGCCAAACGACAGCUUUUUUCGAACGCUAAUUCUGGACCUAACGGCGACUCGGUUAUCUUCGUGCACCCCAAGAGCGGACACUCCCCAGACCAGGGUUUCGCUGACCCUGGCCUCAGCGAGAGCCUGGGCGAUCUUGGCGGAAAAUCCUUCGGCGGUGACAACUACAGUCCCUCAUUCUCCGAGAAUGGCAACUCUGAGAUGAAUGCUGGUGGCGACAGUCUGGCUGGAAUCGCUGGUGGAAGCCUCGGAGGAGCUGAUCUUGGUGGUGCAACCAACUCUUUCGCGGAUAACGGAGGAAUGAGCCUCGGGAACCUAGGUAGCCAAGGAAUGGCAGGCAUGAACGAGAUGGGUGGAGGGUCGAUGGGCGGAGCCUCUAUGGCCGGAGGAUCUAUGGGUGGACUGGGAGGACUUGGUGGAUUCGGAGGUGCGCAACAAGGAAUGGGAGAGUCUAUGAGGUCUGAAGUACCCAAGCAUACGCGAUCAGAGAUUCCAAUGGAAUACCACGUGUAUGUGUAAAUUGCAUGCUAGGCAUGCGCAUCUUAUAGGUAGAGUGGCUUAUGGGCAUCAGUCCAGGGCAUCCAUGGAUAAUACCCACUCAACAACAUCUGUACAAACUUUAUCAGCGAAGCUAUCCAAAGAUCGAUACCAUAGCAUUUCACAUUGAAAGUUUUUUUUUUCCAGCGCAGGGUGUCUGACUCUAAACCUCGCUUUCUUGUUUUCCUCUUUUUGUAACACGUAAAUUCUAAUUACAUUGGCCAUAAAAUUGGCAGUCUUCUCAUAUGGUUAUUGAUGAUUUUGCAAAUGAUGGUUUACACAUCUUUACCCGUUGCUAUUCUUGGAAUAGUUUACCCGUUGCUAUUCUUGGAAUAGUAGAAAUGUAUUCCACAAUGUGCAACAAGAAGUUGUGGAACAACUAUUGAAUUCACAACGCUGUAUUCUACGGCGAGGAAGAUCAGAGAUAAAAAGUGGAGUAGUAGAAUAUUCAGAUUUCUAGAUCACUUAUAUCUGAUAACCUUUAUUGGUAAAUUAUGUUGUUUACCUGAAUAAAGCCAAUUCGUGAAA